AUGAUGCGACGGUGGAUUUUGUGGGAGCACACACUGCUGGCUGUGUUCUUUCUGCUCCUACUGUCAGGGUGGGGUGUGGAUGCGUGGAAUGUCGGAGAGAUCAUCCCCGUCACUCUGCACAUGCGCCUCAAGCGUGUGGCACCAACUGUUACCGUGGGCCGCAAUGACAUGGAAGAAUUAGAAGACAUGCAAGAGAGCGGCCAGGGUGAGCAGUUUCUCCGGCCACUGCCGCCCGACUUCUGCCCGCGCUUUGGCAUCAACAGACGUGUGCACCAGCCGGCCAAGCGACUCUUUGAGCACGCCCAUAAACAGACAAAAGCCUCCGGCCGUUCCCUCAGUGAUGUCGCCGUGCGCUUCCAGUUGGAGCGCGGUCUAAGCAAAUCGACCGCAUGGCUGCCGCUCUUAAAAACCACCGUGCGUCCCUCCAUGAGCAACAGGGGCCAAAAUGCAUCCGUUCGCGACGAGAACAUGCUCUAUCUAGCCGCUGUCACCUUCAGCUUUGGCUAUCAGGAAAGCACUUUUAAUAAAAUAACGACGUUCUACGCGGAGCCGGUCUAUGCACCAGUGCACCACGAAGAAAUUGAGCUCCAGUACCACUGGGAGGAGCGCCGCGCCUACAACCCACACAAGGCACUCAGCGCAUGUGCAUUCAUCUCCGUAUUUGCCACCAUUGCAGUCCUCUACAUGAUCAUCUUCUCUUCCCGCAGUCUCUCCAAAGAGAUAAAAAACAAAACAUUUACUCUACGCAGUCACCGGGAAUAA